UUACAUGCGUUGAAGCUUGCAAAUACUGGCGAAAGAGGCGCAUUCGAUCCCGUGCCACACAUCGUUGGCGAAAUCAUGGACAGAUGUAAGCUUCUGUGCUUCGAUGAAUUUCAGGUAACCGACAUCGCCGACGCAAUGAUUUUGAAGAGAUUUUUCUCUUUGCUGUUCGAUGAAGGUCUUGUGGUUGUCGCUACUUCCAAUCGUCCUCCAACCGACCUGUAUAAGAAUGGGUUGCAACGACAUCAGUUUGUGCCAUUCAUUGGUAUACUACAGGUAACGCCUUUCUUAUGUGUUUUGGUUCUAUAG